CAUCAUGCCAUGGUAGCUGUAAGACUUUGGCGUCAAUGUGAGAGAUUCCGAUCUCCCUGAUUUUACUUCACUGCAGCUACUCCAGACCUUAAAAAUGCGUCAUGACAAACUUCAUCCUCUAUUGCCCUCUCUCCUGCCGGUGCUGCACUUUGCGCCUCACUUUCAACUUAAAUGUCUUCAAUUGUCUUGCCAUCCAGAGGACAGUGCAUCCAGAUCACUGUCAACAGCCAGCACUGCCAGUGCCAAUGGUUCUUCCCUCCCGAGUCCCCCCUGCUAGGCCAGAACAUCUGCGGUCUCUGUGGACAUGGUAUUCACGCCCAUGCAGACUAUGUUUCGACGGUGGUUAAUCGUUGCCCCGCAAAUCAAUGUGCCGCGUAUGUCCAAAAGACGACUCUCACACAACUUUGCACCUGUGGAGCGCCAUUUUUCGAGCACAUCGCUACCGAUAACACCAAGUAUUAUUUGCGAGAGCCAUGGACUGUUUCGGACUAUUUCAGUGCAAACAGUAAUGUCUCUUCCACCUCGGACAACUAUGCCUACGACGCCAGUAGCUCAUUUGACCCGAACACCAGUUCCCUUCCUUCCACCGAUUACAACCCCACUAUUUCUUUUGGCGACGCAAGGAGCCUACCCUUCACUACUCCUGAACCCAUCUAUUCUCCUUACGCCAGCAACACUUCGUCCGCUAUUCAACCCGAUACCACCCUGACCCCGGGAGGUUAUAGCCCCGAUGGCUACUUUACUCACUAUUCAAACCAUCUCGUUAACUCACCCUAUGAUCGUCAGCCAGAGGGUGGCACGACGAAUGGGAGCUUCGAAUACCAGGAUUAUGGGAACCUGAUGUACGCUGAAACCCCUGGAGCCUGGUCAGGCCCAUACGGCGCUUGAUCCAUGGUGAAGACAUCCCAUUCCUGUCAUCUUCCUUUCAACCUCCUCCGACUCUUCGUCGUGAUCACUUUUUCUCUCCCUCGUUGUAACAAUUCUUGUUAUUUCUAUGCCAUCGAUUCUCGAUCCCAGUUCCAUUAGUUGAUCGAUUAUACGCACUCCGCUUUCUGUUUCUCCCCCUCGGAUCUUCUCUCGCCAGUCAUCAUUGUGAUGCAGGACCUCAAUCUUUAAUGUUCUCGGUUUCGUUACACUCAGUUUGAUGCAGUUUUCCUUUGUGCUACGUUCCGUUUUUUCGUUUUCUCUGUUGUAUUU